UUUCUCACCUCUUCUUCAUCCUCACCUCUUCCCCCCUUCAACUUUUAUUCUUCCCAUUUUACCCUUCCGCCAUUGUUAUACCUUCAAAUUCCUUCAAUUUCAACCCAGAUUUUUACAAAAAUGAUGUUGAGGACAGUUGCUUCAGGUGGGUCUCCUUUGUUUAGCUCAUCCCCUGUUUCUGGGAAAGAAAAUGGUUUCUGCCAUGGAUUUUCGUCGAGUUUUGUGGGGUUUGAGAGGAGAAAUGGGUGUGGAAAAAUCAUGGCGAAUGUUAAAGAAACUGAGCCUAUGACUGGGAUUGUUUUUCAGCCUUUUGAAGAGGUUAAGAGUGAUAAUUUCAUGGUUCCUAUUUCUCCUCAAGUUUCUCUUGCUCGUCAGAAAUUUGCUGAUGAUUGUGAAGCUGCCAUUAAUGAGCAGAUCAAUGUGGAGUACAGUGCAUCCUAUGUGUACCAUUCGCUGUUUGCCUACUUUGACAGGGACAAUGUUGCUCUAAAAGGCUUAGCCAAGUUUUUCCGAGAGUCAAGUGAAGAAGAAAGGGAACAUGCUGAGAAGUUAAUGAAGUAUCAGAACAUGAGAGGAGGAAGGGUGAAGCUGUUUUCGAUCCUGAUGCCACCAUCAGAGUUUGAGCAUGUUGAAAAAGGAGAUGCACUUUAUGCAAUGGAGCUGGCAUUGUCAUUGGAGAAGCUUGUGAAUGAGAAAUUGCUGAACUUGCAUGGUGUGGCUGAGCGAAACAAUGAUGUCCAGUUACAGGAAUUUGUCGAAGGCGAAUUUCUGAAUGAGCAGGUUGAGGCAAUUAAGAAGAUAGCAGAUUAUGUCACUCAAUUGAGAAUGGUUGGCAAGGGACAUGGAGUUUGGCACUUUGAUCAAAUGCUCCUUAACUAGGGGGAAGCUCUGCUCUGUACUGAUCCGAACUUGAAGAUUUCUCCUAGCUCUAGGUGUAAACUAUCUCUCAUCCAGAAAAAAAAAUCGCCUUCAGUUUGGAUGGGAAUGGCUAGAAUAUAGGAAGCUUGUAUAAAGUAUGUAUCUCAGUCGAUGUUUAAGAAGAUAAUUGUAGGUAGCCACUCCACAUUUCGUCUGAUAUCUGAAUAAUGAGGAUUGUAGCUGAUGUUUGAAGUUACUUGCUAAAUUAUUCUCUAACAUAUUCUCUAUUGUUAAAUCGUUUGGUUUGUUCUAAGA